AUGUUCAACCAGUUCGAGCAAGAGGUUAUGCAUCUGACUCUCGUUAAGGGAAGUACUUUCGUCCCUGAAGUAUGGACGUCUCUCUCCCCAGAGUUAAGGCUUUUUAUAGUUACUGGAGAGACAGUCUUUUUGGAUGCUAAGCCUGGUCAAGAACUAACGGUUGAGGUACUCGAAAAGGCUGGAAUAUGGCAUCCCUGUUCCAUUCUUACCGUGGGUUCUCUGUUACGGUUUAUUUGCGCCAAGAUGAUGUUGGACGUUACGUCUCAGUGGGAGAAUACUGAGAAUUAUCCUAUCCUCCUCCCCCUUAAGAUUCCUGCUGAGGAUUCGGCACUGGCGGAGGAAAGGUGUUAUCGUAUGGUUACCCACUCAUUGUAUUUUACGGCCUUGAGGAUAUUGACUAUGUAUAAGGUUCUCUUUUAUAGGACUUUACACAUAUAUUUCAAGUCGGUUAAGAGCUAUUGUAUGGUGAACCGCUUGGAAGGUCAUACUUUUGAUACUAUUGCUCAGCAAGCUUGGAAAAGGUAUGAGUCUGAGAUGUUCUAUAUUGAGACGGAAGGUCCUGAUGAUAAGUGUUUCUAUAGGGCUCUCACAGUUGCUGAGACAAGGUUCUGCCGUGUUCGUGAUGGAGAAGAAGAGGCCUAUCCUAUGGAUGGUUCAGCUAUGGCUAUUCCGUGGGAGACUAAGGGUGACCAUGAUGAGACGCUUCAGCAAAUCGCUAGAGAUCCUAAGAAUGGUUAUGUUGAUUCUGCUACUAAAGAACCUACUAGGGUGGUUGAUGAAGCUACUGUCGCUACUAUUACUAGUAAUGAUGCUAAGGUUACAACCCCCCAGGUGGAGGUGACUGGUAAUGAUGGUUCUUCCUCUAAGUGGGACAAAAACUGGUAUGGUUCUUCCUCUAAGUGGAGUGGAGGAUGGUAUAAUACUACCGGUUCGGCUUCUAAGUACAAGGGUAACUGGUAUGAGACUCCUCAGUCCGAGAGUAAGGGUCUUCCCCAACCUGUAUGGGAAUCUUCGGCUAUUGUUACUAAUGAUAAAGAAGCGCAAGGUGGUUCCAGCUGUUCUAAGAGUGUAUUUUUGAGUGAUGUCAUGAAGUCCACUUAUGAAGGAAGUUCGGUUGAAGUAAAGUCUUCAGAGAAGGGUAAGAAGAAAAAGUCGAAGAAGAAGAAGUCUAAAGGGUCUAAAGAUGAAGGUUCUUCAAGCUCUUCUAGUUCUUCAAGUAGCAGUAGUGAUGAAUAA